AUGGAAGACAAACGGGAUUGUCGGAUUUGCGGGAACGUCUCGGAUGGGACCCAUUUUGGCGUCGACUCUUGCAGGGCAUGCGCCGCAUUUUUUAGGCGGAGUGUUGUGAUGAAAAAGAAAUACGUGUGCCGACAGGGCGGGGAGAAGUGUUUUAUUAAGAAAAAUGUCCGUCUAAUGUGCCGACUUUGCCGCUACAUGAAAUGUGUCGAAGUCGGGAUGCAGCCGGAAGUUGUAAAAAACAAGAGCGACGAUCUGGACGCCCUGGACAUCACCUUGAAGUGCGAGGCUUCUACGUCACAGCUUGAGGCCGAAAUCAAACGCGAUCUACAAUCAGCGUCUCUUGAGCGUGACCUGACACCCCCAUCGACAGCGAUUUUGGACAGAAUUAUGGAAAAUUAUAAGCAAUUGUGCACCGUGCGGCGAGCCGCCGAGCAAGCAAUGUGGCGAACGGGCUACAACCAAAUGUUUGCCUUCGCAUCCUUUGAAGCGGACAUACACCCAGCAAAUUUCAACCUGGUCUCCCGAAUCAUGAGGGCAAACGUCCCGGCAACCGCCGAAUUUGUCAACGAAACCUUUGAAAUUUUUGGAACACUCGCACAGCGGGAUAAGUGGCUGGUCUUCCAAAGCUUCGUGCCGAUUUUUUGGCUAUUGGAAAAUGCAUAUAUGACGUACAAGCGCUUUUAUACGGAACACGGAAUCGAUCGAUUCAUGAUCACGCAGACGACGUAUUCUGAGGUGAACAACCCGGAGGCGUUUUUCCAACCGAUGGCCCAGGAGCAGUCGUUGGAUUUGAAGGAGAUUGCAAAAUUGCUGGUGAAGUGCUCGGACCGGAACAUCUACCUCGCAAAAAGGCUCAACCGGGCCAACCCCAGCGAGAAGGAGUUCGCGGCGGCGAUCGGGCUUUUGCUGUGGAAUCCGAACCUCUGCGAUGACAACGAAAAAGUGCAAGAAGUUGCCGCUCAAGAACGAGCGAAGAUUUUGGCCGAGUUGCACCGGUAUUACAAAUACGAAAUUGGUCUCGAAGACUACGCAGGCCGACUCGGCGAGAUCCUGUGCCUCUUCAGCACCCUUCAGAACCAAGAAUCCGUGCUCCACGACGACGUCGAAAUUUUUCAAAUGCUCGACUGUUUGCGGAGUGACGACGGCUACAUCUACAAUUUAAUCCAAUCCCGCCCUUUGCAUGUA